CAUUACAGACGAACUGAAGACAGGUCAUUUUGUACUACAAGGAAAACGCGCGAAGAGGAGAAGCGGUGUGACCUAAACAGCCAUUUUAUCAAAGCUAACAGGAUAUCUGUAGGAGAGGCAGUUUAAAAUCCUGCCUGCAUGAGGUGGACAGGCUUCUGAUAGGUGCUCAGACAUAUCUGAAACAUUCAUAUCAAACUUCUCACGCGAGUAACGGAUCGAGACGCGGAUCUCGCGACGCAGUAAAGACAACAUGGAAUAAAAAGACUCCAGAGAAUCUUAAUAACAGAAUUUGAUGUUUUCUGCUGAAUUACGUUAGAGAAAAAGAAACUGAUCUGUAACCUAACUGCAUCUAUAUCAAUAGGGGAUUGAAAGAAAGCGAUCGAGAUGUCUGUACCGAAUGUGUUGGCAAAGGCCCUGUACGACAAUGUGGCGGAGUCUCCUGACGAGUUGUCCUUUCGGAAAGGGGACAUCAUGACUGUCCUGGAGCGGGACACGCAGGGGCUGGAUGGCUGGUGGCUCUGUUCGCUGCACGGCCGCCAAGGCAUCGUUCCCGGCAACCGCCUGAAAAUCCUCGUGGGCAUGUAUGAUAAACAGCAGCAGCAGCAGUUACAGCAUUUGUCAACCCAACCCAGCCCAGCCCAGAGCCACCUAAACCUGCCUCAGAGUCCCUACACCAAGCCCACCCUUGCCUCCCAGUACAUAGCCAUGCACCCUGCCUUUGCCUCGUCCAGCUCUGCCAACUCGACCAACACUGACAGUGUCUACAUGCUCCCCCCCAACCACGGCUUGCCUGCCCCCUCCAGCCUUUACCAGGUGCCCACUGGCCCCCAACCACCACAAACCCAACCCAAAGCCCCCGCUGUGGCACAGAAGCAAAGCCAAGCACAUUGCAUUCCUACUCCACAGGAUGUCUAUCAGGUGCCACCCUCCAUUAAUGUUCCAGACCAGGAGAUCUAUCAGGUGCCACCCACAGCAGGAGGGCCGUGUCCUGGGCAGGAUGUGUACCAGGUGCCACCCUCUAUGGACCAGACACAGGACAUUUACCAGAUUCCCCCAUCAAUUGACAGGAGCUGGGAUUCGCCCAAACCUAUUGGAAAGGUGGUUGUUCCCAUGCGGGUUGGCCAAGUAUAUGUGUAUGAGACAGGGAAAAAUGAACAGGAUGAAUAUGAUGUCCCUAGACACCUGCCACCCACCCAGGAUAUCUAUGAUGUGCCACCCACCCGGACCCAGUACAACCAACAGGUGUAUGAUACUCCACCCAUGGCUAUGAAAGGCCCACCCAGCAGAGAUGGACAGGUGAUCUAUGACACUCAACAUAGUGUGGAAAAGAGCCAACUGCUCUACCAACAAACGGUAUAUGACAUUCCCCCAUCUGUCAGCAAGGAUGUCCCAGAUGGUCCAAUCAGGGAGGAGACAUAUGAUGUUCCUCCUCACUUUGCUAAAAUGAAGACCUAUGAGAAUCAAAACCAGGCCUAUCUGUCUCAGAUCCCUGGAGGUCCAGAGCCUCCCAUACCUGAGGACGUCUAUGAUGUCCCUCCUCCUCAGCUAACAGGAAAACGCCAGCCUGAACCUCAGGAGAUCUAUGACAUCCCUGCCAGCUUACGCAAGGGCAGCCCACAGGACCAACAACCUGCCGAUGUGUAUGACUUCCCUCGCGAACGGCCAACGGGUGAAGAUUCGGGUGACUAUGUGUACGACGUGCCUCCACAGGUGGUGCGUGAUGCAGCGGCCACCGAGGAGCUUACGGUCAGCUUCAAACGCCUGUCUGCCUCCAGCACGGGAAGCACUCGCAGUAACCUCUCCACAUCCUCUCUGGACAUGGUGCCAGUACGGGAAUCUUCUGGAUCUGGCCGCCUUCUGCUUCUGGAUCUGGACCAGGCCAUGGAACGGUUGUCCCGUCUACAGCAGGCUGUGGAGAGCUCUGUGUCCCUGCUCAUGUCGUUCAUCAGUGGGAACUGGCGUAGCCCCACUCAGAUGGAGUCCAACCUCCCUUCCAUCAGACAGGCUGUGGAUAGCAUUCGAGUGGCCAUCAGGGAACUGCUGGAGUUUGCUAGAGGUGCAGUGGCCAACUCAACCCAAGCCACUGAUCGCACGCUUCAGACCAAACUAGGUAAGCAGGUGCAGAAGAUGGAGGAGGCCUUCCAAGGUCUGGUAAAGUACAGUCAGGCACUGGACUCCAUGAGCUGGUCCCCCUCUGCCCUGAUGGUACCUCCUACAGGAACCUGUGGGGACGACCUAGACCGACUGGUCAUGUGUGCCCGUGGUGUGCCGGAUGACACCAAGCAGCUGGCAUCGUUUCUCCAUGGCAAUGCCUCUUUGCUCUUCAAACGGACAAACAAACAGCAGCAAUUGCCAUUGCCACCUGUACCUCACACUGGUGACAUGCUGGGUCAGCCGACCAACAACAACAUCUCAGCAUUUCAGUCAGGCACACCUGAACGUGCCAACAUCCAGUCUCGGCCACUACCCUCCCCUCCCAAAUUCACAGCAGAGGAAGAGACUCCAGACAGGCCAUAUGAGACGACAGAGGAGGGCUGGAUGGAGGACUACGACUAUGUGCAUUUACAGGGUAAAGAGGAGUUUGAAAAGAACCAGAAACAGCUGUUGGAAAAAGGAAGCAUCAAACACAAUAAAACUAUGCUUGAACAGCAACAGCUGAAGCAGUUUGAGAGACUGGAGCAGGAGGUCUCUCGACCAAUCAACAAUGACAUUUCAGGCUGGACUCCACCCUCUCACUACCCGCAGACACCUCGCAGUAAGCUGUGCAUGGGUGACCGGCAGCUGCUGCUCUUUUACAUGGAGCAGUGCGAAGCUAACAUCACCACGCUCACCAACGCAAUUGACGCUUUCUACUCCUCCAUUAACAACAACCAGCCACCCAAGAUCUUUGUUGCCCACAGCAAAUUCGUCAUCCUCAGCGCGCACAAGCUUGUUUUCAUUGGAGACACACUCUCCAGGCAAGCUAAGUCUCCUGAGGUGCGUACCAGGGUGGCCCAGCAGAGCAACAUGCUCUGUGAGAAGCUCAAAGACAUUGUGGUUAGCACAAAGACCGCAGCCCUGCAGUAUCCCUCACCUGGCACUGCUAGAGAAAUGACAGAGAGAGUACGGGAGCUCGCAGGAUGCACCCAGCAUUUCCGCAUGGCACUCAGUCAGCUACUGGCCAUGUGAGUUCAACGGCACAGGGGUGAACAGGCCCAGGGACAAUACAAUCACAGAGCCUCCUUAAGACUGGACAGGACAAGCACACACCCUGUGCCAUGAACUUUUUAUUUUCAAAAAGGACACAAAUGAUGAAUGGGCAGAGCCAUUGGUUGUAAAUUAAUCAUUGUAAAUAUUUAGGUUGCUGUAUGUCAGGGAUAAUGUAAUCAGGCAAAGAGAGAGGACAGAUGAACUUUUACUCUUGUGUUGUUUUUGAACAAGGGAGGAGAAUGAGAACGAGAAUAUAUAAAAAGCAGUUUUAAGACAUUAUGCAUUAUUAUAGCUAAACUGUAAUUAUUGCUCUUAUUAUAAUUGUCAUCACUAUUAUUAUGAGAUUUUGACUAAAGGUGUUUAAAAUUUUAAACGUGUAUCUAGAAGUACAACCAUUUUCCAUCAAAGAUCGACAUUGGAGGCUUUUUUAAUGAAUUGUGCCUGCUGGAAUCAAAAACGGCAACAACGACAAGUUGAUCCUCAAGCUGAUGCUGUUGUUCAAAGAGGUUGGGAGGGUGUGGACACAAAGCUGACUGACUUUGGGUUUUGGCAAAAGACUUCAACUUAAACAUCACUAUUUUCUCAUUAAUCCAUAAGAUGACUUAUCUAUCCAGACUCAACAUCUUAAAGUGAAUGAGAGCUGUGGAGAACAGAGUAUAGAAAUUGGACCAUGUUGGAAAAUAAUUGUUUAAAUAGUUAAAACAAUGGUUUAAGUCAGCCGCUAACCUCCAUGAAUGCCUGCUCACAGUUCCUCCCAUCUCCUCAGGCAUGUUCUUGGCUAGUAAAACAUUUCUUAUCAUGUACUUGUUUUUAUCUGAUUAUGUUUAUCUGAUUAUCUGACAAUAUUCAGUCUUGGACAGUCCAUCUCUACUGUAGUGCCACUACCUGCUGGACAGGCAAAAUGUGGCAGCUGGGAUCUAUAUUAACUCGCCAAUUUUGAUUAUACCUUGGCAAUUUACUGUAAAGUUUCUGGUCAAUUUCUUCAGGAAGUGUUUUCUUUUCUACUCUGUGUAUCAGAUGGUGAUUUUAUACUUACCACAUCUUCAUAGACUGAAAUGCACAAAUAUAAAUAUAUAUCUAACACCAUGUCCUAACGCUGUGUUCCAUUCAAAGUCAGAUGUGGGAUCCUACUUGAUAUCUCCAAUCUAUGACCAUAAAGGCAUUUCAUAGCUUGAUACUCAAAUCUGUUAUUAAGGAAACAAAAUUGCUAUGCUGCCGUUAGCUUAGCAGAUGCCUGAUUGUCAACACAGAUGCAUCUCCUGAACAUUCAUGGUUGUGCCAUCUUUGAUUAUUUCUAAUUGGAAUGACAACGAGGCUGUAAGGGAUUGACUUACCAGCUCUACAAUGGCACGCAUGGUGUAAAGCUGUGAAUAAAGCUCCUAGAUCACGUCUGAUUUCAGGGUUCCCACGCAUCCUGGAAAACCUGGAAUUUUGCAAUACAGUUUUUCAUUCAUGGAUUUUUCAUGGAAAAAUUUGAAAAAUACCUGAAUGUCCUGGAAAUAAUUAUUUGUCCUGGAAAAUAUUUAUAAUAAAACUGUUUGACUGUGUGGCUAACAUGGUUUUUGUUGCAUGUAUAAAAACAUGAUAAUGAUCGGGACUCUUGAUAGGUGUCAAAUACAUAAAUUCAUAUCAUUUUGUCUCUGCCGGCAGCUGCACAUUGUGAAACAACAACAUUGGUUAACUGUCAUGAAAAUAAGCCCUGUACUGUACAUUCUCUGCUCAUCUGCUGUCAUCUCUGCUUUGCUCUGAUGAAAGUUUACGUUUUGAUAUAGUGAAAAAUAUGAUUUUUUCAUUUUAACACUGCUUUUGUGUUAACUACAAAAACAUUUAAGUUGUUAACCUUAGACUAUGGUCAGACUGCAUUAUGAAAAUGAGUUCACAACCUGAGGUGGUAACGUGGUGAUGCGGCCUUUACACCUUGGGGUGUGAAUUAAUUUUAAAUAACAAAUGAACAAUCCGCUUAUACCACAGUUAUCACAUCCAGUCAUAAAAAUGGCAUUAGCUACAUGUAUAAAACAGGGAAUGUCACAAAUUUGGAACAUAAAACAAUGUUUGAAUGCACAAAUAAUAAAAUACAAAUUGUGACAUGUCCUAGUGUGAUUUUUUUAACUGCAAAAAUCUACAAUUUAAUUAAUUAAAUAUAAUCUGCAUGUGCGGCACGCUAUAAAAUGAAUGUAUGUAAAGAAUUCAGAAAAAAAUUACCAAUUCAAAAACACUAUUAAACAUAAUGAAUGUGUUUUUGCUUAAAUAGUACAACGGUUGGGCAAAUAAAAUGUCCUGGAAAUGUCAUGGAAUGGUCCUUGGAAAUUGUACAUUGAAAAGAGAAACCUGGAUUUUCAACUCAUGUUGUCUGGAGUUUGUCUACUGAAUGUUCUUGGAAAGAUGUUUUUCAAUGUUUUGUCUGCUGAACGAUCCAAAAACACUAUAAACUACAGUAGGCUACAGCCCAUUCAAGAGACUACCUGUCUAUCCCUCACAGCCUCAUGUGUUCUACAGGUGUACAAUUAUCAAAACACAGUAUAAUUUACUGUGUUUUACACACCUGUCUUUGCAAACGUUUUCUAAACAAGUUUUAUUAUCAUUUAAUGUUAAAACGUUGUCUCAUUUAUGCAUUUUGUUUGCUUAAACUGUUAAUGGCUGCAUCCAAAAACUGGAAAAUGCUGCCUUCGGAGGCUGUAUACUGAGGUAGGAUAAAAAUAAGGUGCUUUUCAAACUGUUCUGAGACCAGUUUCUUUAAAAUUUCAAUUUAUUACACAGUACUGUCGGAUAAGUUAUUAAUUGACAAGUUAGUAAGUCGGCUGCCUACGUUUUCAGAUGCAGACAAUGUUUAUGAAGAACUUUGGAUCUCCAGGGUGCCAACAUGUUUGCAUUACGUCACGUACCUGCAUUUCGGUUAAAUCGGAGAUGAGGAUUUCCAAUUUGAUGAAGUUUCCAAGUUGGAAAUCCGACUUCAAGUGGCGUCCCAUUUAAAUUUUCCAUGCAGAAAGUUGGAAAUUCCGAGUUGAAUGGAACGCAGCGUGAGAUUUCACAGUGGGCAGGACUAUCCAGUGCAAAGUAACUGAAUUACAAACCAAAAUAUCAAAUUGCUGGUCGCUUUUUGUGGUCGUGGCUGUUAAGGGCACCAGCUAAGAUUAUUUUGGAUAGUUUAUAUUGCUCGUUCUGUCACUCAAGGUUAGAACAAGGUGUAAGCUUGUAUACAUCCUCCAUUGCACUACACUGGCCAAGUGACUAUGCGGUAGAAUUUGUUUCAAAGAACUGGUAAGAAUGGAGAAAAACCGAUACAAGCCUGAACAACUUGCCUCAACCUCAUUCGCCUUGUCUUCUAGCUCUCUGUUGGUUGUAUUCUAAAUGUAAGAAAAUAUAAAGUAAUUUAAUGAAACAUAUUAAACUUUUUAAGUACUGCAACUUAAAAAGUGCAUUGACAAAAUUCUUAUCCAGUUGAAAAAAGAAAAAAAAAAAAGCAUUAUUAAGCCAAACGGUUACCUGGUAUAUGUUGUACUGUUAUUCUGAUCUCAAAUCUGUGUUCAAGGGUUUGAAUGAUAUUGAUCUAUAUGUAUCAAGAUGCCCAGCUCCAGCAAUUUGUAGUAAGGGGAAAUUCCUGGUGGGCCGGGGGGCUUUACACCCCAUACACUCCAACUGCGCCAAGUUCUAUCGAUCUAUAUCCAUCCGUCUGUCUAUCUACAUACAUCCUUAAACUUUCAGCACUUUGGUCAGCCUUGAUGCUGUUUUUAAAUGUGCUAUAUAAAUAAAAGAACUUAAACUUAACUUUCAAACUUUACGCUUUAAAAUAUUGGCCAGGCUUUCUCAACCAGACAUAAUGUUUGUCUUAACAAACUUUGUCAGUCUGUCUAUCUAUCUAUCUAUUUUUACUGUUUUAAUAUUAUUUAUUGUCCUCUAUAACAGAUUUUGUAAAAUUUCGUAGACUGUAGAUUUUAUCACAGCAGGUGCAUGGCCGAGACUAUUGAUAUCACUACUAUAAUAUUUACAACAUUAGCUUUCUGCUUGUUUUAGAAAAUUCUGUCAUAAACUCAUCCAUGUCCAGUAUGUGUUAUUGAUUUUUCAUGAUCUAAAUGUGCAAGAUUUUUUUUCCUCUCAUGAAGCUUUUUGCAGUGAAACGGUGUAAAAAUUCUUGCCAGCGUGGAGAAUGAGCUCUCACAUGAAGCAGUAGAAACGCCCAUGACCAGGGCAGACACAUACAGUUUAUGAAGACCUGGAAAUGCAUAUUUGUAUUCCUGAAAGAGUUUUCAUACAGCCGAACA